GAGGAUAUGACUGACGCUCUUAUUGGUAAUGGCGACGGACAUCCGUACAUUCUCGCGAUUACACAACAGUGACUCGUCUAACGCAUCGCAUGCCGCUCUCCGCAGCGAUCUGCGGCGUCGGGUAUGUGGGAUGGUGACUCAAAUAGCGGCGUGCUGCUGUGGCCAGCCCUCGAUACUUCCCGCUCCCUCCAUUUUCUGCAUACUGCGUACGCAUUAUAACAUGCGAUCUCCACCAUCAACCCUGUCCCACUUAUAUACCAACCAACUCCAAGUCCCCCCUGAGAACACACAAAAUGUCGGAGAAGCCACUCCCAGACUUCCCUCCUACUGCCGACCUAUGUACUGAAGUCUACCGGCCCUUACCUAUCGUCCCUGAGCUCCCAUCAGAAGCGAGCGGGGAUGGGGCAGCCGUGAUCGGUGCCCAAGUCCUGUUUGACCUCUUCGACUCGCUACAGGCAUCUGACUCGCCGAGCCUUGCUAGUCAGUUCCUGGACGACCGGGCCUACUGGCGAGACACCCUGGCCUUCACUUACCACCUGCGGACCUUCAGCGGCCGAGAGGCCAUCGCCAAGGUCCUACUUGAGCUGAACCCACGGCGACAAAGCAGGGACUUUCUGAUCGUCCCUGGAUCGGCCAUGUCUGUCUCUGCGGGCCCUUCGCUUGGGUGGGUCGAGUGCCGCUUCACCUUUAAGACGGACUCCCCAAAAGCCACCUGCGGCGGAAGGAUGAUGCUUCUCCCAGACAUCCGUGAUGGCGAUACGGCUGAUUGGAAGAUCUGGGUUCUGUCCACGUGGCUUAUCGACUUUGACGACUUCCUACCGGAUGAGAGCAGGCUCACGGCUCCCUCAAGAGUCCCAAGUCUCGCCAGCCAGGAGAAGUUCGAAACUGAUGUUGUAAUUUUUGGAGCUGGCAACAGCGGUCUUGUUCUAGCUUCGCGUCUCAAAGCACUCGGCAUGAACUACGUCCUGGUCGAGAAGAAUAAGCAUAUCGGCGACAACUGGGCGCUGAGAUAUGAUGCCCUGCGUUUCCAUACCGGAAAUGGCUUUUGCGAGACGCCCUACCUGCCAUACCCCAAGCAUGCCACCGUGGGGCUUCACAGGGACGACCUAGCCGACCAGAUGAGGCGGUUCGCCAGGGCGUUUGACUUGGGACAGGAUGUGCUGCACUCGACGACCAUCCGGUCAACCUCGUAUGACCCGGAGCGUAAAAAGUGGACGCUGACCUUGAGCCCAUCGGGGAAGGGCAUCGAGUGCAAGCACAUCGUGCUGUGCACAGGUAUCGGCUCGUGGGCCCCGCAUGUACCCGAAAUCCCCGGCCUGGAGACGUACCAAGGGGUCGCCAUCCAUUCGGCCGACUUCAAGAACGGCAGGGAUCUCGCAGCCCAGGGCGUCAAGUCCGUCAUUGUAGUCGGCUCUGCAAACACCGCCUUCGACGUCUUGGAGGAUUGCUUCAACGCCGGCCUCAAGACGACAAUGAUUCAGCGCUCACCAACAUACAUCAUCCCCAUGGCGUAUCUGCUGCACCCGAACGGGUUCGGCAUGUUCGACUAUCACCCAGUCGACAUCGCAGACCCAGCCAUGUUUGCAGGACCGCUGGCGAUCGGGGGACAGCUCAUCGGAUUGCUGCACGCAUCCCUGGCAUCUCAAGAACCAGACCGCUACGCACGCCUCGCCAAGGCGGGCUUCCAAGUGCUCGACAGCACGCAGACGAACCUCACGAGCAACCUCGCGGAGCGGCAGGGCGGGCACUUUGUCGAGGUCGGCACCGGCGUCGAGCUACUGUCCACGGGCAAGGUGGGGAUCCGGUCGGGCGUCACGCCGGCCCGGUUCACAGCCACGGGGCUGCGGCUCGGCGACGGCUCGGCGCUGGACGCGGACGCCGUCGUCUGGUGCACGGGGUACAGGGACGCGGACGUGCGCAACGUCGUGGCCGACGUGCUGGGGGAGGGCGGCGCCGAGGUCAGGGACCGCAUGGACGGGACGUGGGCGGUUGAUCGCGAGGGCGAGCCCCGCGGCGUGUGGAAGAGGCAUGCGAAUGUCGAGGGCUUGUUUGUCUUGGGCGGCGGGACGGGGUUUCAGAGGUGGUACUCCAAGAUUGUGGCGCUUCAGAUCAAGGCCGAUGUGGAGGGCAUCCUGCCCGAUGCCUAUAGGGAGUAGGUGCCACCCCUGACCGAACCCAGGACCACGUGCUUGGUGCAAGUGCCCCUAUUUUUCUUAUGAUGCCGAAAGCCACCUUCCCGGAGUGUGGAUACAUGGGUUGUUUUGAAGAAUCACAGGAUAUAGCUCCAUUAUCAGUAGGAUAACAACAAAGUCACAAUAGGCAGGAUUGCAAUCGCAAAAAAAGAGGACCAAGGAAAUCUGCCGGGGAACGCGGUUCAAAG